AGCAGAGCUAAUAUUGAAGCGCCUAAAAUUAUUUUCUUAGGCCUUCAGGUUUCUCUUCUUCAUUGUUUAUGUGAUCUAAAUUAAUUUACUACAAAGGUGGUAACACACAUUGGGGUGCAUUGAGUUUUACAUUCAUAACACACUGUUUACAAGACAACCCAUAAUCUGGUGGCUUUGGCCAAAAUCUCCAUGGCGAGCCCAGCGCCAACACCACCUGAAAAAGAAAAGGCUACUCCUGCAAUAGUUGAAAAGGAUGCUGGUGCAAUUAGAAAAGUUUUGUCAACCAAGUCAUUGGGUUUAAUCAAAGCAUGGGAAGAACGCGAGAAAACAAAAGUAGACAACAGAGCAAAUAAAAAGUUAUCUAAUGUUGUGGCAUGGGAGCUAAGCAAACAAGCGGCUAUUGAUGCGCGUCAAAAGAAGUAUGAGCAAAAACUAGAAAAGAAGAAGGCUUUGUACGUUGAAAAGAUGCAAAACAAAAUAGCUGGAAUCCAUAAGACAGCAGAAGAGAAGAAGGCAAUGGUUGAAGAGGCGAAAAGAAUAGAACGUAAUAAGGUGGGCGAGAAGGCUGAUGAUUUCCGUGAAAUAGGGCAUGUACCAAAGAAAAUCCUAUCAUGCUUUAACUGUUGA